AUGUUGAAUAAAUAUGAUGUUUUAACUAUGUUAAAGAAAAAUUUUAAUGAAAAUGUCAAUCGCAAUGCGGCUGAUACAGAUCUUAUGUUUAACUAUCGUCAUGCAUUACAUGGAAAAGUACAUACCGUUUUGAAAAAUAAACCUGAUGCACUAUUAUUUCAAUUAUAUAUUGAUGAAAUAAGUUUGACAAAUCCAAUAGGUGCUAAGAAAGACAUCCAAAAAAUCACUAUGAUCUAUUUUCAGUUAGAAGAUUUACCUGAUAUAGUUAAAUCAAUGUUAAAUUCCAUAGGACUUGUUGCAAUGUGUCACUCAAAUUAUUUAUCUAACAAGUUAAAUAGAAAAAAUUUUUUUGAUCCAAUAGUUGAAGAUCUUAAUGUCUUACAGACGACUGGUGUUUUUAUUCCAACUCUCGGUGAUUAUUUGAACUUUACAUUUACAGUAUUAGCCGGUGAUCAUUUAGCUUCUAAUGAUAUAGGUGGUUUUCAGAAAAAUUUCAACACUGGAGAACUUUUCAGACAUUGUCAUGUAAAUUAUGAUCAAAAACUUGUUCCUUUGAAUCAAAUUUCUCAUCCUUGUCGAAUGAGAGAUCAACAUGAUAAUAUAGUUCAACAAAUAAUCAAUUCAAAUAAUAAUAUUGUACUACGUGGUGUUGUCGAUGCAAGUCCAUUAGCAAACCUAAUAGGAGUUUGUGGACAAUUAUUAAUGGCUAUGUUAAAAGAAGCUUCAACAAAAAGAAUCCUUGCUUAUAGUGAAAUUGAAAGUCGGUUAUUAUCAUUUGAAUAUGGUAUUAAUGAUAAAUCAAAUAAACCACCAGUGAUACGGAAAAAAACAUUUAAACAAGGGUAA